AUGAGGCCAUCGAGCCAAACUCAGUCAAACGCCUUAGCUAUAUCAAUAAAAAUUGCUGCAGUGCUGGUUUUUUGCUGCAGUCCAGAAGAAACAAAGUUCAGAGUGAUUUUUAGGAUGAUUGAUUCGGCUAUUUUACUGCAGGUAGGAAGUAGACUUAUGGGUCUAUAUGACUCAGGUAGGAAGUUCGAUAAAGUGGGCAACUUGACUCAAUGGUGGCCAGAUGACAUCAUAGAAAAGUUCAAGGAGCGAGCUGUCUGCUUCGUUGACCAAUACGCACAGUUGCCUAUAGAUAUGGUGGGGCAGAAUGUGAACGGGAACCAAACACUGGAUGACAAUAUCUGUGAUAAUUCUGGACUGAAGCAGGCCUACUGGGCAUACAAACAUUAUGUUGCUCAGCAUGGGGAGGAACCUACUCUGCCUGGAAUUGGUUUCUCUAAUCUGCAAGUAUUUUUCAUGCAGUACGCACAGAUAUGGUGCGAAGUACUUAGUAAAGAAGCCAACGAAAAAUAUAUUAAAGACAAUCACAGUCCUGGUAAAUACAGAGCAAAUAUACCUUUGAUUAAUUCUGCAGAAUUUUCAUCUACGUUCAAUUGUCCACUUGGCAGUCCAAUGAAUCCCGUGAAGAAGUGUAGAUUAUGGGGAUAAAAAGAAUUUAGUCUCCGAAUAAAAAUAUAGAAGAAACUGAAAGAAAUCAGCAGGAUCAUUUCAAAAACUAUUUUCACUUGUACCUGAAACUUGUAAAAACGUAUAUAUAUAUAUAAAGACUUAUUGCUACGUCUCUUGUAUGAUGUACAUGGAAGGAAAAAAUGUCAAGUGAAGAAAAUGUUAACGAUUAAAUAAAAAAAGUUAAACGUU